CAACAUCCAUCCUACCCCCAUCAACGACCCAACACCAAUCACCUCAAAUCCAUAAAAAUCAACGGCCAAUAACAAAACCCCCAAUUUCACUCUUCUUCCUCCCCUCUCAUUCUCCCCCCAAAACUUUCACCAAAAUUCCUGCAACAAACACGCUAAUUCGAAUAUUAUUAUGUCUAUGGUUGAGAUCUGCUCGCUUCAAAUUCUCUCUGGAAUUCAACAACAAUCGCUCGUUAUGCUGGAUCUAAUACCUCUACGCUUUCCCAAACAUUCCAUACAAUCUACGCCUCGGUGUUGUAAGUUCAGGAUUUCCUUCGCUUAAUCACUCCAUUCGAACGUUUUCGUUCGUUCGUGUCGUAAUUUUCUGUUGUUUACGUCAAUUUCUGUUUGAAAAUCGAAGAAUUUGUUCUCGUUUUAAGUUGCAAUCUGGUUUCCGUACGAAAUUCUAGAUUAUUAGGGUUUCGAGUGCUGCGAAAUUGUGGAAUUUAGGUUUCUAGGGUUUCGAAUGUUGCGAAAUUAGGGGAUUUAGGUUUCUAGGGGUUCGAAUGUUGGGAAAUUAGGGAUUUAGGUUUCUAGUGUUUGGAUAAUAAGAGUGGAUUGGAUGGCAGGACGUGGUAAGGAGUUAGGUUUUGUGGAAAGGAAUGGUGUGAUAAAUUUAAAGGAACAAUUGGCUAGAACUGCACUUAGGAAUGUGAGAUUGAAGGGGCAUACAUAUGUGGAACUUAGGGAAGAUAACAAGAAGGUUAUAUUCUUCUGUGUGUUGUGUUUGUCUCCGUGUUACAGUGAUUCGGUGCUGCAUGAUCAUCUGAGAGGGCAUCUGCAUAAGCAGAUGUAUGAGGCUGCGAAAGCUACGUUGUUGAAACAGAAUCCGUUUCCGUUUAAUGAUGGGAUGCUUUUCUUUCAUAGUGAGGAUGGUGUUGAACGUCGUGUGGUGCCUUCGAAUGGUGCUGGUAAUGGAAAUUGUCUUGCUAUUGUCCCUUUUGAAGGAAAUGAAUCUGAGAAUGAGUUUUCGUCUGAGGGAAGUUUGGAUUUAGGACAAGGUGAUGAGGGUGUAGAUGUUGGUGACCUGGUUAUACCUGAUGUGUUAUGUAAAGAUAAAGUUUCUGAUUUAGAAGUGAGAGAAGUUGGUGUCGGAAAAAUUUCAGUUAGGUUUUGGGAUAAAGAUAAGGGUUCGAAGGGAAUCAAGAAAAUUUGGUGUGAAUGGCUUGGGAAAAACGGUUCAGUUGAUGAUGAUAUGAUUUUGUAUCAUGAUUUCGCAGUUGUGUCAUUUGCGUUUGACUUUGAUCUCGGUAGAAAAGGGGUGCUUGAUGAGUUACAGGAUUUUCUUUCAUCAAGUUCUAGACUAGAAAUCGAGGGUAAUAAGAAAGGAAAGAAGAGGAAAUCACCGUCUGAUACUGAUCUAAGUGAAUCUUUAAGCAACCAAGAAGAAUCUUCUGGGGAAGAAUCGGGUAAUUCUAAUUCAAAGAAUCUUUUGGAUGUAUAUGAUGAUAAAUCACUGCAGUUAAGACUUGUGCCGGACAAAUACACUAGGAAAGAAAUCAGGACACGUCAGCGUUUAGCUUCGGAAAGAGUUUGUGACAUCUGUCAACACAAAAUGCUUCCCGGGAAAAACGUGGCUACACUUCUUAAUAUGAAAACUGGUAGAAUUGUUUGCAGCAGUAGAAACUUGAACGGGGCGUUUCAUGUGUUUCAUAUAUCGUGCCUUAUACAUUGGAUACUUUUGUGUGAGUCUGAAGUUUAUACAAAACAGUUGGUUGGUCCUGAGCCAAAGAGAAGAUCUAGGAGGAAAAAGGGAGCAAAAUCGAAAAAGGUUGACGAGGAUGUAAAAAAGCAAAUAUAUUCUGCAUUUUGUCCUGAAUGCCAGGGUACUGGUAUAGAACUUGGUGGAGACGAGCUAGAGAAACCAACUGUCUCUCUUUCUGAGAUGUUUAAGUAUAAAAUGAAAGCUAGUGAUGGACACAAAGAGUACAUAAAAGCCCCGGAAUUGUUGCAGAAUUGCUCAACUGGUUUUUAUUUCCCUUCCCAAUCGGAAGAAGCCAUGCAGGAAAACGUUUCACCAUUGAAGUUGCUUCGGUUUUAUCAUGCUGUGGAGUAGUGGUAUGAAACAGGUAAUCCAGAUAUUUGUAAUUUGUUUACAUGAAUGUAAAUGAGUUGUAAAUAGCAUCUGAAUUGUUGAAUGCUUUUAAAUCUAGGAAUUUAACUUCUCUCUAAAUAACUUUUUCUUCAA